AUGGAGAUGCAGGAGUUUUUUGAAAGCCAGACAGCGAUGUUCCGUUCGCUCAUUGAACAAAUGCAACGGAUGAACACUGGCGCUACAGCUGCAGCAGCAGGCGGAUCAUCUCCAGGAUUUGUUCCAUUGCCCCCACCGUUAUCUGUGGAAGGAGACAUGGAACGAAAUUUUGACUUUUACAUGUCAAAUUGGCAGAACUAUGCCAAGAGUAUCGGAGUGGAUAGAUGGCCCCAGCAAGACGAAGAAAGAAAAGUUAGUUUGUUAAUGUCUGUCAUUGGAGAAGCUGCUCUUAAAAAGUACAGCAACUUUGAGCUUACUCAAGAGGAGAGACAUAACCUCGAACUCGCGGUGGCAGCAAUCAAAGCGAAGGUAGUGGUUGAACGCAACAAAAACAUCGACAGGUUGGAUUUUUUCGAAGCCCAACAACACCCAUUAGAAUGUACCGAGGACUUCCUACUUCGUUUAAAACAUCUGAGCCGGCUGGCCAAACUCGGAGAUCUCCGUGAUGAAUUAGUCGUGUUCAAACUAGCUACAUCUAACAAGUGGCCCCACCUCCGACAAAAAAUGCUGACAAAACCAGACAUCACUGAAGCGGACGCAGUAGCUAUGUGCCGCAACCAGGAACUCGGAGAAGCGCGCUCACAACAAGCUGAGGUCAACAAACUUAAAACGUCUGCCAAGUUAAUGAAGUGCAAAUUUUGUGGCGACCGCCACAAAUUUAAAAAAGGAGCUUGUCCAGCGAUCGGCAAGAAGUGCACUGCUUGUGGUGGAAAAAACCACUACGAGCGUGUUUGUAAAUCGGAAGGAAAGAUCCAUAAGAAGAAGCGUCGAGUUAAAGUGCUUAAAGAAGAAUCGAAUAGUGAUUAUUAUGCUGAGUCAUCCACGGAAAGUGAAAAAGAAACAGAAAAUAGUGAAGAUGAAGCAGAAAUUCGGAAAAUUUACGACAACUCCGCUUCCGGAGGGCAAGUUUUGGCAGAUUUAGAAGUUAACGUCACCGGCUAUUGGAAAACGAUCAAAUGUGAAUUGGACACCGGAGCAAAUACAAGUAUCAUUGGGAAGAAUUGGCUGAACAAAAUUGUUGGAUCACCAGAAACCAAAAUCACCCCGUCAAAUCUUCGUCUAUUUAGUUUCGGUGGAAAUCCGAUUCCAGUAUUGGGCGAAACGAAAAUUAGCUGCAGACGAAAUGGGAAAAGAUAUAAAUUAGUUUUCCAAGUGGUUGAGGUAGACCAUAUUCCACUGUUGUCAGCGAACGCCAGCAAGACGUUAGGUUAUGUGAAGUUUUGUAACUCAGUGUCUUUUGCGACAGCCACAGAUUCCACGAGUUUGCUGAAUAUCCAUCGUUUGGAAGCAAUGAAGAUAGUCGAUCAGUACAAAAGCGUUUUUGAAGGAUAUGGUCGUUUUGCCGGUGAAGUGUCGUUGGAGGUUGAUCAGUCUGUACAACCAUGUAUCCAACCUCCAAGAAGAAUCCCUUUAGCGUUUCGUGGCCCUCUGAAAGAAGAAUUGGACAAACUCGAAAGAGAUGGCAUUGUGAUUAAAGAGUUUGCGCACACGGAAUGGGUGAGCAAUGUGGUUCUCGUGAAACGUGAAAAAGAUAAAACCAGCUCGAUUCGCAUAUGUCUCGAUCCAGUCCAUCUCAAUCAAGCUUUGAAAAGACCAAACUUGCAAUUCCCGACCAUAGAUGAAAUCCUCCGAGAACUUGGUAGAGCCAAAAUAUUCACAAUGGUAGAUGCUCGAAAAGGGUUUUGGCACGUCGUCCUGGAUGAAAAGAGCAGUCGCCUGACUACCUUUUGGACACCCUUUGGCAGGUACCGAUGGAAGCGGCUCCCAUUUGGAAUAUCCCCAGCUCCGGAGAUCUUCCAAAAUAAGCUACACGAGGUUCUUCAAGGCCUGAAGGGAGUGGAUUGCCUAGCUGACGACAUUUUGGUAUAUGGGUGUGGAGAAUCUAUGGAGUAA